CUAUUUGACAUUUUUUAAAAUGACAUUGACACCUGGUCCGCCCUUGUUGUUGUAUUUUUGUUUAAAAAACAUUUAUAAUUUUACAGUUGAUAGUAAACAGAAGCUAUGGAAGAUUGGGAAUCAGACAACAUUGUUGAACAGUGGAUACGAGAAAACGAUGAUACGUUUAUGUCAUUGCCGACUAUAGAAUGUAACCCGCAUCUUCUCAUAUCAAAAGUUCGUAAACAUUAUAUGGAAUAUUUAAUCAAGCUACUAUCUGUUAACUAUGAAAGCAACCAGAAACUCUUCAACAAAAAUGUCUAUCUACCAAGUGCUAUUUGGAGAUGCGCUAAAAUGAUUGAGAUGUCUGCAGCACAGGCGUCGAUGGUGGUGCAACUGUAUCGAAAAAAUAUUUCUAAUAUUGUAAAAGAUGUUAAAAGCAAUACAAAGGAAAAAUUGCUUUAUGAAAAGUUGUAUGACUGUCUGCAUCAUACACCUGAAAAUGAAAAGAAAACACAGACUACACUUGAAAAAAUGAAUGAUUGUAAAUGUAAAUGUUCAUGUAACCAAAGAAAAUUAAAAAAUGUAUGCAAUCCACAAAAAUAUAUGUAUAAAAAUCUAUCUAGUAAUAAUAAAAGUAAUGUGUGUAAAAGUUUGGACCAAAACAUAAACUCUACAACAUUAAAAGCACUGUCAGAAAUAAAAUCUGAUAUAAUACCUAAUACAAACUGUGAUACAUCUCUGCUGAAAUUGAAUGAAAAAGCAACUGAGGCAUUACAAAAUUCAGAUGAAUUAAUGCAACAACUUGAAAAACUCUUCCAAGACGAUCCCAAUGAUGAUGAUUUAUUUGAUGGAGCUGUUAGUGAAACAAAUAAUACUGCAUUUAUCAAAGAAAAUAAACAAACAGAUGAGUUCACAAGUAAUCCAGAAAGUAUACUAUAUUCACAAAAUGAAGAUUUAAAUAACAAAGAGCCACAAAAAAAGUGUUUAGAUGAAAGGCUAGCAUUAUUAAGUGGUAUUUUAGUAUAUAAUACAGAGAAUUCUCAAGAUUCUGGAAAAAAUCAAAGCAAGAAAAGUCGACCGAGUAAAUGGCUAUGUGAAGAAUACUUUCAGAAAGUUAAACUGUUUGAAUUGCUUGACCAAAUAAGAGACUGUGAUCGAAAUAAACUUAUGAGGAUUAAAGCAAUGCUAGUAGAGCUGUUUGGUGAAGACAGUGAUGAUGAAGGAGUUGUUUCACCUCUAGAAGAGAGUCCGGAGUUUGUUAUUAGCUGCAAAGAAAGAAUUACACCUUGGGUUGUUAAAAUACUUACACCAUAUUAUGUUAAUGGUCGAAUAAGAGGAAAAGCUCUCUUUAAAUCCUUAGCUAAGCAUUUAAUAAGGCUAGUUUACCAAUGUAGUAAAUAUCCAUAUGAAUAUGAAGUAAAAAGUUUCGUACACGACUUCUUAAAAAGCCACAAAAUGAUUAGAUGUGAAGCUGAUUUCAAAGAAUUUAAAAUAGAAAAUGUUUAAAAUGCACUGUGCCAGAUUGCCUUUAUAUAAAAAGACAUAAACUUUAAUUUUUUCUACUAAAUCUCUUAAACUCAUUAUUAGCAAUUCAUAAGUAUACCGCCGUUAUUAGAUUUUUAAACAAAUAACUGGUUUCAUUUUAUUUGUGUUUCUUAUCAUUUUUUUAUAAGUAAGGUUAUAAGCUUUUUGCAUCAGGUCUCCGACAACAAUCUCUGUAAAAUUGAAAUUAUCAUCAAACUACAAAUAACGAUAGGGGCAGAUUUCGAUUGAAUAACUAUUACUUAGAUGCAAUCAGUUCGUCAAACCUAGUUGCCCAGACAGGCUAGCCAGUUUUGAGGUAUGUUUGGUUAAGAAGGUCUGGUUGGGAAGGAAAUUACUACUAACUUAUUUUAUGAUUGAUUUUAAUAGCUGAUAAUGAUUUAAAUGAAAAUAUAAUUCAACUCAUUUUUGAUGAUAAUUAACAUGUGGCAGCUUUAAAAUCAAUUGUAGCUUACAGCGACCAAAGUUUAUUUUAAUAGAGCACAGCCAAAUGAACCUGAUGUGAACACCGCCGCUAGUAUUAAAAAGUCUUAUGAUUGUAGAAUAGUGAAAUAAAAGUGAUAUAUAUUUUCAUUUUUUAUAGUUUUGCUUUAGACCACAAUUAUAGCUCUUGUAGUUCUUACAUAAAUAGUUAUAGAGAGCAAGAAUAUAUUGCUCUUAGACUUAGUUAUAAAUAGGUGUUAAAAGGUUAAAUAGUUGCACAAAAAAAUAACAUUUAAUAUGUAUUUUUUAUUUAACAUCAAUCAAAUAUGGAAAUUUCGUAUUUGAACCAGUACUAGUGACACAUGUAAAUAUUUAAAUUAAUCAUCCAAGAAAUUGAUUAGUUUGAUGUUCAACAUUUCCUCAAAUAAAUGAUAACAUAA